AUGCACCCAGGUUGUGUGAAAUACCUAAAAAACAUUAAAGUGAUCGACGAAACAAAAAUAAUAUGCUGUUCAAGUGAAACUAAAAGCGACAUUGUAAAUGGUGAUCUAAACUCGUCCAGUAGUAGUGUAGAAACUGUCAUUGAAGCAGAAAACAUAGAGAUAAUCUAUCUCAAGCGUCUUCUGAAGGACAAGGAUAAAGCAAUUAAAUAUCUAGAAGACAAUGUGGUAUCCCUAAAGGAACAAAUAGGACUUCUAAAUCAAAUAGUAAGCCUUCAAAAUGUUACGUUAAAAAAUGACAAAAUUCAGAACCAUGAAGACAAAGAGACUAUAAAGAAAACUUUAAUCGACAAUGUGCAGUCAGCUCAGAAACCGAGAGAGGGCGCACUAACAGAAACAUCAAAAACAAAACGAAAAAAUGGGCGUCAUGAAUAA